AUGCAGGUGGUGUUGGACAAUGGCGCCGGCACGGUGAAGGCGGGGCUGCUGGGUGUCCACCGACUACCAGCAGUGGAGAUUCCGAAUGUGAAAGCGGAGGCACGGAACAAGCGUAAUUCGGUGGUAUACGGAAACGCGCGGCGCAUCGAGGAGUUCCGGCAAGGCGCGCUGCUCUCACGACCCGUGCAGGCGGGGUUAUUGGUGGACGCGGGGACGGAGGCGCAGGUCUGGCAGUACGCGCUGGCCUGUCUGCUGGGUCGCGGGGCGGAGUCGGAGGCGGUCGAACUGGGUGGUGUGGACCUGACGCUGACCGAGUCGUUGGGCACGCCGCCGGCUGUCUACUCAAGUCUGCUCGAAAUCCUCUUUGAGGAACUGGGACUGCACUCCGUCGCUUCCGUGGCCGCGCCUGUCUGCAACAACCUCGCGUUCCCCGCGGAAUGCGCCGCCCAACUCGUCGGCAGUGCCGUCCAGCGCCGCGAAGGCCUCACCCAGCUCACCUUCGCCGCUUCCCCCUUUCCCCCCGAGUCCGACCUCGCCAGCCAACUGCGCUACGACUACGAACUCUACCAUAACCGCCCGGGAGGAGCGCCGCCCGCACUCGCGCCGGCGCGGCUGACUGCGGACGUGGGAUUUUCGGGCGUCGUGUGUGCGCCGCACUUCCGCCAGGCCCUGGUGGAGGCCGGUGCCUAUCGCAACUACCUCGGUAUCCAUUACGUGAACAAACAGCUGCAGGAACGGCUCAGCCGGCGGACGCGGGCGCCGCUUGCCCACUACGACCUCCUCACCGACCGCGUCCGUCGUGCUUGCUGCUUCGUCUCGCCCGACAUCACUACGCACGUGCCGCUCCUCUGCCAACGCUACCAGGCCCUGGCCAGCGACCUCUCUGCCUACAAGGGGGUGGGAGUCGAGACCGGGGUGGGAGUCGAGACCGGGGUGAGAGUCGAGACCGGGGUGGGAGUCGAGACCGGAGUGGAUGUCGAGGUCGGGGCAGAGGCCGUGGUCGGGACAGAGGCCGUGGUCGGCGUGCCGGAGGGGACGGUGGGGGGGUUGGGCCCGGUGGCCUACGACUUGGUGAAGGACGAGUUGUUUGCGCCGCCGGACCUGAGCGUGGUUGCGAGCGAGCAGCAUCUGCGGGAGUUGUGGCAGGGCGCAGUGUUGCUGGGUCCGGAACGUGUGGCGGUGUACGAACCGUUGUUUAUGCCACCACGACGCCAGACGUUCCUGAGUCGGAGUGCGGAGGAACGAGGAGUGUGUGUACCUGUGCGGCUUUGGGGCACAGCCGGCUACCCAAGGACCACGCAGGGCGUGCCAGUGCGGCACGCACUCGGACUCGCCGACCUGGCCGCACUCUCCGUCAAGUCCGCGCCGCCCGUCCUCCAAGCCGCCGUCGCCUCCAACGUCGCCCUCUGCGGUUCAGGCGCAGAUGUCCCCGGCCUCGUCCGCCGCUUCUACACCGAACUCCGAGCCGCACUGCCGCAAACGUGGGAACUCAACGUCCUCAAACUCCCACAAGCAAGGUUCACCACCUGGCUGUAA